UGGAUGCAUCGUCUUCUACCUCUGUUUUCCCCUGCCUUCUCCCCAAAACCAGAAAGCACAGAACAGAUCGAUCAUGGCAACGGGGAAGAAGAAAGGCUUUCAUAAAUCCAUCAAAAUCUACUUCUCCAUGCUGAAGAAGAUGCCCACCUCUCUCACCCAACUAUCCUCUACCCCUUCUUCCUCCUCCAGCCUCCUCUUCUCCGCCUGCAAAUACCCUAAAACACCAUCUUUUGCUCUUAAUCGCAACUCCGCCACCACCACCUCCGCCGCCGCGGCCGCCGCCACCCUCUCCGACGUGGACCGUUUCCUCCACGAGAACUUCCAGUCUCUAUACCCACCACCGCCGGCCACAUCUAACUCUUCGCAGGAGCCAACUUCUCCGACCUCCAGCUCCGGCGAGGCGGCGGAGUUUUCCGGCGGAGGGGUGGCGGUGAUGACGUUUUCGAAAGACCCUUAUGAGGAUUUCCGGCGAUCUAUGGAGGACAUGAUGGAAGUUCGUCACGUGGAUAAAUUGGGGCCGUUGGAUUGGGAUUUUAUGGAGGAGCUUCUGUUGUGUUAUUUGGAGCUGAAUGAACAAGGCGUUCAUAAAUAUAUUCUUAGAGCGUUUACGGAUCUAACGGUCAGUUUUCGCCGGAGAGAAGGGGAGGAGCGGCGGAAAGCUUCGAUGAGGAGGCGGAGGCUUGGGAGAACGGAGAAAAUUCCGGUGGCCGGAGGGCGGUUUCCGGCGGGUUGGUAG